UCCAACUCCCAAGCUUUUGGGCCGGCAUCAUCGAUCGAGCAUAGGCUAGAAAUUAUGGAGAACAAGAUGGACGACAUGGGAAGGCAACAGGAAAAAUGUUUGCUUCUUCUUGCACAAGCAAAUGCCAAAAUCGAUUCCCUUUCAUCGGCAUUGGAGAAAAAGCAAACCGGAGAGGAACCUGAAAAAUCGCUCGAGUUGACGUUGACGCUGAACCCGGUCAAAAGUUUGGAAGACUUGGAAGCCUCUGAGGAGCUAUGCAAGGAUGAUUGCUAUGUCGAAAAAGUCGUUCGUUCGAUGGGACAAAUUCACGGAACAAACCGCUUCAAAAACGAUGAAAUGAUCGAUUAUUUUGUUGAUAGGCGAUUUUUCCGCCACUAUUCCUGGACUGGCAUAAGCAAAACAUUUGAUGAGAACCAGCAGUUGGUGCGAAAAAUUGCAUUUUCCAAAUAUGACAGGUACAUAAACCUCUUCUACAGGGUUAUUCGUAAUGCAAAUGAGGAUUUCACUAAGAAUGACUGUAAUAAGUUUCUGAAACAGUGCCUAAGAAAUUCAAAGCAACGUUUGGAUGAUACGAAGAUGCUGAGAUUGCCGGCAGCCAGGAACAGACGCAAAGCUCUCCCCAACCAUUCUGAGCACAAAAUUGAAUACCUCGAUGAGGUAAUCGACCAAGGACAACUAUGA